GCUGGGCGCCGGGGCCGGGGCCUCCCCUUCUCCGGGACUUGGCAGAGGAGACGCCGCCGGGAGGGAGCGAGAGGAGCAGGACCUUCGUGCUCAAAAGGUGCUGAAGAACGGAGGCCCUCACCCACUGAGGCUACCUGAGACCAAGUGGGGCCAUGGCAGGGCAUGGCUGUCUGGGGCUGGGGCUGUUCUGCUGGGUCCUCCUCGCUGUUCCUGUGGGCCCCCAGCCUGCUUCCUCCAUCCCAGGCGCCCCUCUCACUACUUUGACCCCACCCCCUCAGAGCGAGGCCUCUAUGCUGUCUCUCAAUCUGGGACUUAACUUCAAAUUCCACCUUCGGGGACCUGCUGCGGCCUGGGGGAGCUCUGUCACCGAGACUCACCCACUGUCCCCUGGACCGAGCCAGGAGCUGGAGGAAGAGGUGGCCAGUGGACUGAGGACUGACCCCCUUUGGGAACUGCUGGUGGGCUCCCUGGGGAACUACUCCCCAGAGUGGGGUUCUGCUGAAGGCAGUGCUACACCCUGGGCCUCCUCCCUGCCUCUCGAAUCCACAUCCCUAAUCUCUGGGCCCACCAACCGACCUACGGCUCCCUAUCAGCCCAGGAUGGGUACGGUGACCUGGGACACUGCUCUGAUGGCUACAGCCCCUCCAUCCAGUGCCCCCAGGCCCCACCAGACUGAGCUGGAACUGAAGUUUGACAUGGCACUGAGAGCAGGCGCAGCCCCCACGCUCGGGCAUCGAACUCUGCCCCUGCUGCCCAGUCUGCGGGCCAGCCUGGCAGAGAUUGCUGGGCGCCUGGGACCGUUUGGGUUCUUUGGCACUACUCUGUCCCCACUCCGGAACUUCUCUGGCGUGAGCCCCCCAGGCCCAACGGCAUCCCUAAGCUCUGCCUCCAGAGUCUCGGAUUCGCCGGGGUUCUUUGGCACCACUCUGUCCCCACCCCCAUCCUCCCUGGAGAGAAAGCUCCCAAGCCCAGGCCCACUAGACCCAACUGCUUCCCUGAGCGCUGCCUCCAUUGCAGCAACAUCACUAGACGCCACCAUCCCCACCUCCGGUCCAGAUGACCCCAUUCCUACCAGCCUCGGAAACCCUUCCGUGCAGCCAGAGUGCGGGCCAGGGUCCUGCAACGUUGGAGAAUUGCCUGAAGGCGAGGGGCAGCCUCCUGCAGCCCCGCUGUCCCUCUUUUUCCUGACCCUGGAGGCCGACUGGGCAGAGGCCAGGGCUCGCUGGGGGUUGGCCUGGGAGGCCCAUGUGUACGGGGUAGGCACCCUCUUCCUGCUCUGCGCCAGCCCCGACCGGCCCCCGCGCUGCCCGCUGGUCUGCGUCCUCAGCCCCCCGCGGCCCUCGGGAAGCAGCCCCAACCUCCCAGCCUCAGGAUCCUACCAGGCCCUGUCCCCGUCCUCCCGCGACUCCCCAGAGCCUGCUUGUGAGCUGCAGGCCGAAGAGGCCUUGCUGCAGGAGCAAUUCCUGGACGCCUGCCGACAGAUCGACGAGCUGAGCAUGGGCAGCGACACCAUAGACCUGUGAAGAGGAAGCCCCCUCGGUGCCGGCCACACGCCCCCUCCUGGAGGCAGCUCUGCCCAAGACCGGCACACUGUAACCCUCCCCCAAUCCGGCCUGGCUCAGAUACCUCGCCCAGCUUCCUCCCCCAUCCAGGGGCUCCUGGGUGGGGGGGUCAGCAGCCAGGCUCUGUUGAUUGGGAAUUAGUGCCACCUCCUCUGGAGCCCUGGGCGCUGAUGCCCUCAGCUGCCAUUCUAGGCUGGCAGGGGUCCCCGCUUUCCUUGGCAUUCACCAGCAAUAAAGCUCCAAGGUGCUCCACCCCUGACCACCACGGCCCACUCUGGUAUUGAGUGAGAGGGGCUAUCCUCAGAAGACCUCGGGACGGUCCUCGGCCCCCAUACCCACCUCUGCCAUGCCCAGGAAUCCCACCCCGCGUGAGUGACACUCCCAGUUCUCCACAUGACCCUUCCCUACAGAAGGGGUCCAUGGCCCACCUAGGAGACUCCACAGCUGUUGUGUGGUGGGGUGCGCGCUAUCAGAGUUAAUUUAUCAAUAAAAUAUUUU